ACUACAGGUUGUUGAAGUUGACGUACCAGCUAGUUUAAAUUGAACGAAGUAGGAGGUACAACUGAUUUUCCUUGCGUCAUAAAGUUUCAACGAUUUUCUUUCGAUCAAAUGCCGUUUUAUCACAUAUUUAAAAACCUCUAGUGUCGUUAAAACGUCGCUGGUUCAUUCAAUAAACAUGUGAAAAUGUUAAAAUUUGUGUAUAUCAGUGCGAAAUUGUGAAAGAAGUGAGUGGUUGUGUAUACAUUCCGAUGUGUAAAAAGUUCGAUGCGAUUUUAAAAGUGCACAGAGUGAUGACGGCUCUUUAGAGGAGGGACAUUCCAGAAGAGAAAUGGUAUGAAGGAGCCGGAUCACUUUAGCGAAACGCUACCAGAGGGAGUGCAGUUGACGUUAAGUGAGCUGCGCGAAAUGGCGUGUCAGCAGCAAGCGCAGAUAGAAUCGCAGCAUCAAUUGCUGGCUGCCAAAGAACAAAGGCUUAGGUACCUGAAAGAACAAGAGGCGCGACAGCAGCGCGUCCAUGCGGAAAGCGAGCGAUUACGUCGGUUGAGGGAUCGCGUCGAUGCGCAAGAACUCAAACUGCGUAAACUUAGAGCCCUUCGAGGGCAAGUCGACCAACAGAAACAAAAUAAUAUUUCUCUCACAAGUGACCUUGACUCCAUACGAGCCCUUUUCAAUGAAAAAGAAAAGGAGCUAUCUCUGGCUGUGGCCAAAGUGGAAGAGUUAACGAGACAGUUGGAGGAAUUGAGGAGAGGACGAUCUAACAAAAACUCCCCGCCCCCUUCCGCUUUGGAAUUGGAUAAACUCAGACGGGAACUCAUGUAUCGUAACAAACUCAACGAGCAACAAAAUCAAAGGCUACAUCAACAAAGAGAAGCUUUAACGGCGAGGCAAGAGGAGAUGAGUGCAAUAGAUAAACGUAUAUCAGAAUUACAAGAAAGACUACAUCGAAAACGUAUAUUAAAUCAACAAUUAGCGAAUCAAAUCAGCGCUACCUCUCACAAAGCAGCCUAUCAUCAAUUAGUAAGAUUAACUGGCAGCCAAGAUCAAACCAAUCAAGUUGCAUUGACUAGAAAACACCAACAAAACAAUAAUGACCGAAAAGGAUUAUCUCGAGGGAACAUCGCAGCUGUUGAACCCUAUAACCACAUCCCCGUACAACAAAAUCAUCAAAUCAAAAAUGUUAAUACUCAUCCAGAUAUUAAGUUGCAAAACACUUACGAUUUAUAUCAACCUGUGUAUUAUAUGAAGAAAGAUCAAGUUUCUCCAAAGCCGAGCUGUGAGCUUCAAGACGUAGGAAAUAAAUUAACAAAUUCGUAUCCUCCGAAGAACGAGGAUAACGAAAUACUAAAAGAUUUUUCCGCUUCUAAAACUGACCCCAAAUACCAAACGCUGCCAUAUAAUACGAAAUUCACCGUUAACCUGUUAAACAACAUGAAUAAAAUCAACAAAGAUGAAAUUAUAAAUAAUAACGAAGAACCUAAGGGAAACGCCAACGAGAACGUCAUUAUGCAUACAGGUCACAUGACAGUGCACAGUGCUCCAUUGUAUAUGGUCAACAGAAACAUUGCUACGGCACUGAAUCAACAUGAUUUACCAACGAAAACAAAUAGUGAUAAUAACAAAGAUAUUAUUAUUAACAGCAACGAAGAAUUGAUUCAUAAAGACACUAGAGAACGAGAAAUAACCCCAAUUUCAACAAACUUGAAUUCUAUUACUCCCACAUAUCAAAAACCAAUCAGUAGUGUUGCACCUACAUCAGUGCACCACACUAAUAUCAUAUCAAACUUUUAUCAAACAAAUUCUAUAAAAGUACAACCGGUGGAACCACAAACCAUAUCAGGAAGUAGUACUGCUACCACCACCACUAAUUGUUUGAAUACAAGCAAUAACUUGAUCCAAUCUUCCAAUUCUUUAGUACUAUCACCUCCACAAUCUAGUAGUACUCCUUUAAAUAGUACUCCGGAAGCUGCAAAUAAAACCCCUAAACCAGCGUUGCCACCUAAACCGGCGAUAAAGCCACCUCCUAGACAAACUCAAUUAUUAAACGAAGAAAAUGGAGUUGGAGUACCAUUACCGGUUAUACCUACUAUCGACGUUAACGAAGAGAAGAAUUUGGGCAAAAAACUGGAUAGCAAUACUCAAAAACAAGUUUCAACUCCAAUUCAUUCCCAUACAAUAACAAGAGCUGAAAUGAUAAUAAAAGCGAAACCUUUGACGAUUAAAAAACAACCUUUCGCCGAACAACCUAAAUUACGAACUUUAAGUUCCUCCCAAAACGGCCUAAACAGACGAACCGAAUCGCUACCUCUAAAAACAAACCUAGCCGAACUUCAAAUUAUCGAUAAACCCGCAACAGAAGAUAAAGACGAAACUGACAAGUCGUCGAUGUCAGAUGAAGCCGAUCAAGAAGAAAAAGGAUACGAUAACGUUAUAAGGAGAUGUAAGAAGGGUAAUUUGAAACAGACCGGUAAAACUAACCUAUCGAGAAGGGUGAGCUUCGAUCCUUUGGCUUUAUUAUUAGACGCUAGUUUAGAAGGAGAAUUAGAAUUAGUUAAGAAAACGGCCACACAAGUAACCAACCCUAGUGCUGCUAAUGACGAAGGAAUAACAGCGCUGCACAACGCCAUCUGCGCUGGACAUCUAGAAAUAGUAAAAUUUUUGGUUGAAUUUGGAUGUGAUGUUAAUGCUCAAGAUAGUGACGGUUGGACGCCGUUGCACUGCGCAGCCAGCUGCAACAAUUUGACUAUGGUAAAAUUUUUGGUUGAACACGGAGCUUGUAUUUUCGCAACGACGCUCAGUGACCAUGAAACAGCAGCCGAAAAAUGUGAGGAAGAUGAAGAAGGUUUCGAUGGGUGCUCCGAAUAUUUAUACAGUGUUCAAGAAAAAUUAGGUAUAUUGUCAGGUGGUGUAGUUUACGCUGUAUUCGAUUACACCGCUCAACAACCCGACGAAUUGAGUUUUAAAGAAGGAGAACAAAUAACGGUCUUGAGAAAAGGAGAUGAAAACGAGAGAGAAUGGUGGUGGUCAUCAUUAGAAGACAAGGAAGGAUACAUUCCGAGAAACUUACUUGGCUUGUAUCCAAGGGUAUCAAAAAACGAAGAUUAGUGAUAACCUUAUCAGUCCUCUAUAAAGAAAAACGAUUUUUUUUAUUUUUACUUGUACAUAGCAUAGUGGAGAAGGAAUCAUUUUGAUCAUUGUUCACGCAUUUUAAUACACUAUUUUUCAUAUAUCUCUCUUAUAGUAGAGCUAGAUUUGAUCCAUAACACAAGUGUCACGAAAAAUAAUGUUUACUACCACUACACUAACUGGUCCUUCGAGCCGGAUAAAAACCGGCUCAAAGGACCAGUUUUCGAAAAUGAAAUUUUAAACAUAAAAACAUCCUGUAUCUAUUACUGGAAAACGUAAUUGUAUUACAAAGGAUUAAAUCGAAAUUUGACGUUUUUGUGGCACUAUUUCAAUAACUAACUUGAAAAAAAUAUAUCACCUUUACUCAAUAUAUUAUAUUCAUAUAUUGAUCAGUUAAAAGGUACCA